AUGAAGGCUAGUCGGCGCAGCCAGGAGUUGCUAUACAACAAAAGUUGUACCGUUGGAGGGGAACACUCCGACAUGGCUGGUGGUGCCGUCUCGAGAGUCAGAUUAGGUAGCCCAUGGAAUAGAUUCAUCUUCCAUGACGUCAGGCAAUUGAAACAUAACCAAGCCUUGGACGUUACACCCGGACAAUAUAAAUGGAGGUUAGAUGUUGCCAAGAGAAGUGAGGUUGGGAGUUCAUUUAAAGUUUCCGCUGUUACACCUUAG